GGGGGGGGGUCACGCCCUCCAUUUACCACAUAAAAGUUGCUGAGUUUGGUUUUCUAAGCAGUUCUGUGUCAUGGUCUGAGCUGUCUCACGUCUUAUUUAAUCAUAGCUGAAGUUCCUGUAGUUAAAACCUAAGUCUAAUUCAGAUACAAAAUAGAAGUCACUGGAAGUCUACAGAUUUUGUUUCUGUGUGUUUAGAGAGCUGCAUUCUGCUGGAAAUGGAUUGUAUCUAGCAAGUCAGCUCCUCCACUGCUUGGGUGAAUGGCCUGUGCCUGACUGAGCUGGCUACCGUGGCUGCUCUGGAGUCAGGCAGACCUUCUGUUAGUGUUUCCUCUGGUCUUUCUGAGAAUUGUUUUUGAACCAUUCAGAAAGACUUGGUUUGAUAAUAUCUUGGGCUUUCUAGGAAUUUUUGCUUAGAGCUCUGGGGGAGGAGUCUUCCCUCUCUGUUGGCUUCCCUGGCACAUUUACUGGUGUGGCGUGCUCUCUUCAGGUGGUUCUGUAGCUGUCUGCCAGUGAGAGCUGCACUUUGGCACCUGGAUUUACCAAGUGCAAGGUGUUUCUCAAGUGAGCUGGACUUUGGCUGCCUCUUGAUAGACCUAGAGUCUCCUCACCUCUGAAAUACAGGGAGUGCUUUUUGCCUGUCCCCUAAGGGCUGCUGAAUGCUGCUCGGCACAGAGGUCGUGUGCUCUUGGUGAGGACUGGAGGUCAUGGGGACUUGUGUUACCUCUCUGGGGCCAGGAACAGGGCGGUGUCUCAAUAGCAAGACUUGUUUAAGUGGUUUGUAGGCAAUGAGCACUGGGUGGCCCAGGUGACAUCCAGAGUCUCUUCCAAGGUCAGCAAAUCUGUGAACUUGGCACAGUGUUUCCUAGAGGAUAAAUCAGCGUCUCGGGGCAGAGUGAAGAUGGCUGAAUGAGAUGGAAUGUGAAGGUGGCAGGCUAGACGUCUGUUGCCUGCACUUGAGAAACUCAGUAUUCUGCUAUGAUUAAACGCUUAAAAUAUUUAACUCCCCUAAGCAGUUGAGACCCUGGAUAUUGUCACAGCACAAGGAGCUGAUUCUUUGAAUUUAAUCUCCAAAUUCUCGAAAUUUUUCUUUCAGCCAAGUGUGUUAAGGAAAAAGGAAAGAAGGAAACAGGCAAUUGUGUGGAGUUAAAUAUGUUUUUGCAAAAUGUAAUGUCUUUUUUCUUUCAGAAGCAUUUUAUGGUAAUGCAGAUCUAGUUGACCCUUUUUAUUUAUAGAGAAGAAUCCUGCUCAUGUAUCAAAAAUACAAACCACUUCUAUCAAAAUAAGAUUGAGAACUUUGAUUUGGAAGCUAGAUCUGACAUACCAUGUGAAAUGCAAACACAGAACAGAAGGUCUCUGCCCCAAAAAAGUUUACAUUCUACUAACUUAAAUCCAAAGCUGAGAAGUUCAGAAGUUUGCCAGCACUGCUGAACAUUUAUGCCAUGCAGGUACCCCCCGAGUAUGUACUUUGUGUGCAUGCUGUGUUGGGGCUUCCAUCACGCACUCUGUUGGUCCUUGUUUUGGACAGAGGCUUGAUUCUUUAGUCUGACACUGGUCAUACAAGCACUCCUGUGCGAAAAUACCCAAUGAACAUCAAGGUGUUCUGUGAGCUGGGAAGGUUUGUCUGAAUCAGGGCAAUCUGUGAUGUGGCAUAGUGUUGCAUGUUCUGAUAGAAUCAAACAUUAUUUGAAUGCUUAGAGGAAAUCCUCCUUGAGAUAAUUUAUUAGGUUAAAGCAGUCAGAAUAUGAGGUAACUUCAGAGGCUGCUUCUGAUUUUAAAUACAUCAAAGCUAGCAGAAACCUAGUAUUUAAAAUGAGUUAAUUCUUUUCUCUGAAGGGGACUCUGAAUAUGUGUGCUGUUUUAUUGUUUAUCAUGUAUUAAUGGUGUUUCUUAUUUUGCUUGUUAAUUUUGGCAGGUCUUUCUCCUCUACAAAGAAGCUUUGUUGCCAAGAUUUACUCUGAAAAUGACCUACAGUACUGACUGCAGAUGUCUGCAAAUGUAGAACCUGAUAAAUCAUAUCUUCUUCCCUCCUCUGACUUUCAUGUGGAAUUUAUACUUCUAAAUUUUUUUAAAAGUUAGACAUCUGUUGAUGACUUUUGGAUUACAACUGUGAGCAUAUCUAUGCAAAGAGAUGAGCUACCCUGAGCACUUUUGAGUUCUGUUCAGUGGAGGGACUGCUGUGGGUCAGCCAUGCUAAAGGGCAAAUGAUGGAGAUAAGCAUGAGAUCACCGUGGCACAGCUGCAUGUGUAAUCACUCUUGAAGCAAUUACACACCUAAUUGGCUGGCAAUCUUGGCAUUUUCAAAAUAAACACGAGCCUUUUAAAGAAAGGGGACAUAUUUAUGUAUGAAUAGUCAAAUAAACUUGUUGGGUGUCAUCAAUGGAGCCGUCUGGCACUGAACAGUUGUCUGAUGACCCUGAUCCUGGAGGCAAGUCCCAAGAUCAAGAGAUUAAAAAACAACAUGAAUCAGAGCAAAAAUUAUCCAAAAUAACCCAUAAUGCUUUGGAGAACAUUAAUGUCAUUGGUCAAGGCUUGAAGCACCUGUUCCAGCAUCAGCGCAGGAGGUCGUCUGUUUCUCCACAUGAUGUCCAGCAAGCUCAGGCUGAGCUGGAGCCUGACCUGGAUUUGGAAAGCCAAAGCGUCUGUGCUGAAAUUGAUGGUGUCUCCACCCACCCCACAGCUCUGAACCGGGUGCUUCAGCAGAUCAGAGUGCCACCCAAAAUGAAGAGAGGGACCAGCCUGCACAGCAGGUGGGGCAAGGGAGAUGCCCCGAAAGGCAGCCCACAGAUCAACAGAAGGUCUGCUCAGGAUAUUCAGUCGGGUCGGCCCAGAUCAUCAUCCACUACAGACGCUCCCACAAACUUGUCUGUGAUGGAGAUUGCUUCUUCUAUCUAUGUAGGUGGAGAGGAGGCCGCAGCAGCAGCAAUUGAGCGAUUGGAAGUCAGCAGCUUGGCACAGACCUCCAGUGCCGUGGCCUCCAGCACUGAUGGCAGCAUCAACGCAGACUCUGUUGAUGGGACCCCAGAUCCACAGAGGACAAAAGUGGCCAUCACACACCUGCAGCAGAAGAUACUGAAGCUGACAGAGCAGAUCAAAAUUGAGCAAACAGCCCGUGACGACAACGUGGCAGAAUACCUGAAAUUGGCCAACAAUGCAGACAAGCAGCAGAGUGCCCGCAUUAAGCAAGUGUUUGAGAAGAAGAAUCAAAAGUCAGCCCAGACCAUCUUGCAGCUGCAGAAGAAACUGGAACAUUACCAUCGAAAGCUGCGAGAGAUUGAACAGAAUGGGAUCCCUCGGCAGCCAAAGGAUGUCUUCAGGGAUAUGCAUCAGGGUUUGAAAGACGUUGGAGCAAAAGUCACGGGCUUCAGUGAGGGAGUGGUAGACAGUGUAAAAGGUGGGCUUUCAAGUUUCUCCCAGGCCACACAUUCAGCAGCAGGAGCUGUGGUUUCCAAACCCCGGGAGAUUGCCUCCCUCAUAAGGAACAAGUUUGGGAGUGCAGACAACAUUGCUAAUCUGAAAGACUCAUUAGAAGAAGGCCAAGAAGAUGGGGCAGGAGGCAAGGCUCUAGGUGUUAUUCAGAACUUUCAGUCAAGCCCAAAAUAUGGCAGUGAAGAGGAUUGCUCCAGUGCCACAUCAGGCUCAGUGGGAGCCAACAGCACAACUGGGGGCCCUGUGGGAGCUUCCAGCUCCAAAACAAACACUCUGGAUAUGCAGAGCUCAGGGUUUGAUGCAAUACUGCACGAGAUUCAAGAAAUUCGAGAGACACAGGCAAGACUGGACGAAUCAUUUGAGGACCUUAAGGUUCGCUACCAGAGGGAUUACACAUUGAUCAUGCAGACCCUGCAGGAGGAGCGGUACAGAUGUGAAAGACUUGAAGAGCAGUUAAAUGACCUGACUGAGCUCCACCAGAACGAGAUCCUCAAUUUAAAACAGGAGCUGGCCAGCAUGGAGGAAAAGAUUGCCUAUCAGUCUUACGAGCGAGCCCGGGACAUCCAGGAGGCACUGGAAGCGUGCCAGACACGCAUCUCCAAGAUGGAGCUGCAGCAGCAGCAGCAGCAAGUGGUGCAACUGGAGGGGCUGGAGAAUGCCACGGCCAGGAACCUACUGGGGAAGUUCAUCAACAUCUUGCUGGCUGUCAUGGCUGUCCUCCUCGUCUUUGUCUCUACUGUGGCCAACUGCGUCGUGCCCCUGAUGAAGACUCGCAAUAGGACGUUCAGCACUUUAUUAAUAGUGGUUUUCAUUGCCUUUUUGUGGAAGCACUGGGAUGCCAUCACCGGCUACUUGGAACGAUUCUUGUCUCCCCCCAGAUGAUGGUGGCAGGAAUGGGCUGCGCUGCUCCCUCCUGGCGCUCUUGGUGAGCAAGUGUGGCAAAGAUUAGUCAGCAACUGCUCCGCUGAAGUUUUAAAGUGUCUGAGUGAAUUUGUUUACAUUUAGAAUAACGUUUUUUCUCUGCAAGAUGCAUUGCAAUAGUAUUUUCUAGAUUUUAUUCAAGAACUCUUUUGGCGAGAAUCCUGGAUAAUUUUUAUGUAGCAUGGUUCUCUUUGGAUGCAAAUCUUAAGAUUCUUUAAAGUGUACAAAAGAAAUGAAAAAACCACAGAAACUUGGAGCAUACCAAUGGGCAAUUUAAAUUGUGGUUUGAACUACUGUACUAAACCUGUCAGGAAGAAGAGAACGUGGUUAGCUUAAGAUGGGCAAAGCUCAAUCUAGUGCACAGCCUUGAAUGAUGGUACCACAGCAAACUUGUAACACUAAACUCUUACUGUGAAGUCUGCUCACAUUCCAUGUCCGAGUGUAUGCGUUGAGUGGUUUCUUUCCUUAACAAGAGAAAAACAACAACGUGUGGAUCCCUCUCCCAGCUCAGCAUCUGGGUUUGCCGUUUGUGCUAACCUGACUUCAGUAACUUUCUGUAAGGCUGGCUAACGUGGCUGAUUAUAUGGAGUGGAAGCCUCAUGCCAUACACGUGCACAGUAACUGCGCAGUCGUGCUACAGUAUUUUGAAGUAGUCCUUGAAAUACUUAUCUUUAAGCAGAAGCCCUUGGUCGCACUUUUAAGGUUUUUUUUAAUAUAUGUAUAUUCACAGAUUUAAAAAAAAUCCAAACAGCAUACUUGAAGAGUGUAAUACUCAAACUCUCAGUGCUUCCUUAUUGUUUCUAAUAGGAUUUUUUAUUAUUAUUAUUAUAAUUAUAAUUAUUAUUAUUAU